AAAACUUAAGAAACAUUAGUCUAGGCUACUUUAUCUUGAUGUUCAUCCACCUCACGUUGUAACACCUGCCCUUAGUUACAACGCAUGCGUGUUUAACGUACGUAGACGGCUUUGUGAAUUGCUAUCCUGUCUCGUGCCGUACUAUUCUUGCAUUUUUUUCAGCGCAGUUUCCAAGAGGCAAGUUAAACAUCGCAAUGAGUGAGUGAACUGGGCCGUUACUGCCGUGUUCACGACCAUAACUACGGGACACAACAUUAAAACGGAUUCAAGAUGAAGAUUUAACCUUGAGUCAGUGGCUUGUUCCGGAGGCGGAUAAUAACAGAGAAGGUAACCAAGGUGCUGACGACGCGCUGCAGGACGUGGAGACAUCAGAGAGAGAGAGAGCGAGAGAGAGAGAGCAAGAGAGGAAGAGAGACCUCUGAAAUCAUUACUGAACAACAACGUUAAGGAGGAGUGGCCGCACACAAAUACAUGUAAGCUUUGAUGGACUUUAACUCAUCCUCAAUCUCACUGCUGACUUGUCGAUGAGGACCCUUUCAGAUUCUGGACAGGUGACAGCUACCAACUGCCCGAUGGAGAAAUAUGAAAAGCUGGCCAAAAUCGGUGAGGGUUCCUACGGCGUGGUGUUCAAAUGCAGACACAGAGAUACCGGCCAGAUAGUCGCCAUCAAGAAGUUUGUGGAAUCUGAAGACGACCCUGUCAUUAAGAAGAUAGCGUUGCGAGAAAUACGUAUGCUGAAGCAGCUGAAACAUGUGAAUCUGGUCAACCUGCUGGAGGUCUUCAGGAGGAAAAGACGGCUCCACCUGGUUUUCGAGUUCUGUGAGCAGACGGUCCUCAACGAGCUGGACAAACACCCUCGAGGGGUACCCGAGGCUCAGCUGAAAAGUAUCGUGUGGCAGACUCUACAGGCUGUCAACUUCUGUCACAAGCACAAUUGCAUCCACCGUGAUGUAAAGCCGGAGAACAUCCUCCUCACCAAAACCGGAGUCAUCAAGCUCUGCGACUUUGGCUUCGCCCGCAUUCUGACGGGACCAGAGGAUGACUACACGGACUACGUAGCGACCCGUUGGUACCGGGCCCCCGAGCUACUGGUUGGGGAUACCCAGUACGGGCCCCCCGUGGACGUGUGGGCGCUGGGAUGUGUCUUCGCUGAGCUGCUCCAUGGGAAUCCACUCUGGCCCGGGAAGUCUGACGUUGACCAGCUCUACCUCAUCCGAAAAACUCUAGGUGACCUGAUCCCUCGUCACCAGCAGGUCUUCCGCUCCAAUGUUUUCUUCAGUGGAGUCAGUAUUCCUGAACCUGACACGACGGAGCCCUUGGAAAAGCGCUUCCAUGGAGUGUCACCUCAUGCUCUCCAGGUCAUGAAGUCAUGCCUGGUGAUGGACCCCUCUCUCAGGCUGUCCUGUGAAGAGCUGCUGGAGCUGCCUUACUUCCAGGAGGAAGGAGGUGCCAACUGGGGCCGUGAGGGUGAGCGCCCGGGAAGACGACACGACAAAGGCUCCCGACGCAGACAGGCAGGGGCUCAGUACCUGCCUCAGUUACCAAACAGCAACGUCUCACCGGCACCAGACGUCAAGAAGCAGGUGAAGCAUAAAUAUCACCUGCCCAACAUCUAACAAAGCAAAGGUUUGAACUGAAUGGAGAGCAACACUGUUGGUUGCGGCUGAACUGAGACACACGGGACUUGUGUUCUUUGCUUUGUACAAUCAUUUGAAUACAGUCCAAUCUGAAGAUGCA